AUGUCCACAAUAGAUGGAUAUCACAUGAUGAUUGUUUCUCAGUACUUUACAACAAUUGAUGAUUUUAUUAAUUUGGAAUUUGUUUGUAAAAAAUAUCAAAACAACAUGGAAAAGUUCCACUGCAACCCAAUCCCAUUAAACAGAAAGACAAUCAAGCACUUCCCCAAUAUCGAGACACUCUACAUAUGGUCUCGUAAAGAUGAGACUUUUGGAAAUGAAAUUAUAAGAAAGACAUAUCCUCCCGAGUUUCCAGAUUGGAGUGAGACUUCUUCGACUUCAAGUAACGACACCGACUCAAAUUCAACAGACUCGGACGAUUUGUUAGACUCGAAAAAGCACACAAAAAGCAUCAAUAAAGUUGAAGAAAUACUCGAGAAGAUCGAUUUUUACAAAAUAGUGAUAUGGAACUACGAAGUGUAUGAGACAGUAACUCGCACCAUGACAAAGUCGAUGUAUGCCAAUAACGGAAUAUCUAAAUUUGAGUUCAAACGUGUCCAAUAUGAACGAGUAGAGUGGGAGUACUAUGACGAUGUUAAACAGAUAAAUCCAUGUGACUACAACUUGAGGACACACACUUAUGAUUCAAAACUCCACUCGUUGCAAAUCCCAAAUUUUGUGACGUGGUUGCCCGACUUUUGCUUUGAGAAUGCGACAGAUUUGACUUCGGUGACUCUUCCAAGUAAAAUACACGAUAUUGGCCACACGGGAUUUUAUGGGUGUUCAAAUUUGCAACACAUCAUUUUGCCUGAUAAUUUGUUGGAGUUGAAAAAUUAUGCGUUUAUGUAUUGCAAUCUCAAAAGUGUUUGUAUUCCAAAGUUAGUGACUUCCAUCGGGCAAAACUGUUUUUUAGAUAAUCGAAAUUUAAGUUAUGUGGAAAUGAAUAAUCAUGUCACUAAAAUUGGGCAAAAAUGUUUCAAGGGCUGUGACUCGCUGGCUGAAAUUGUUCUGCCCAAGUCAAUUAAAGUAAUCGGAGAAUGCUGUUUCAGUCCAGACACAAAAGUAAUUCACAAAAUUUAA